GCGUGCGGCCGGCGCUCGGGGACGCGCGGCGCUGCCAGUCCGGCUCUCCGCGCUCACCGGGGUCCGGGCGAGCCCCGAGCGCCUUGGACCAAUCCAAAGCGAUUAUGCAAGACGGCGGACCAAUCAGCUCCGCCAGCUCAUGAAUAUUCAUAGGCUUGGCUGAGUCAAAGCUUUUAGGCGAGUUUGUGUAGAUCUACAGCAUCAUGCUUAGACUUUUCAAAGAGACAAACUCCAUUUUCUUAUGAAUGGAAAGUGAAAAACCCUGUUCCGCUUAAAUUGGGUUCUUUCCUGUCCUGAGAAACACAACAGACCCCAAAAAGGCAAGCUGAAGAGAGAACACACACACAGACCAAGCGACAAGAAAUGACCAUGACUACCAUGCCAGAGAGUCUAAAUAGCCCCGUCUCAGGGAAGGCUGUCUUUAUGGAGUUUGGGCCGCCCAGCCAGCAAAUGUCUCCUUCUCCCAUGUCCCACGGACACUAUUCCAUGCACUGUUUACACUCCGCGGGCCACUCUCAGCCUGACAGCUCGUACAGCACAGCUUCGUCCUUCUCCCGACCGCUGGGCUACCCCUAUGUGAACUCGGUCAGCAGCCACUCGACCAACCCCUACAUCAGUUCAGUGCAGUCCUACCCCAACAGCUCCAGCCUGACUCAGACCCGGUUAGAGGAGACAGGGGCCGAAUCGGAGAAAAGCACUGUGGUAGAAGGAGGGGAAGUUCGCUUUAAUGGGAAAGGGAAAAAAAUCCGCAAACCCAGGACUAUUUAUUCCAGUUUGCAGCUGCAGGCUUUGAACAGGAGGUUCCAGCAAACCCAGUACCUGGCUCUGCCCGAAAGAGCCGAGCUCGCAGCAUCUCUGGGACUCACCCAGACCCAGGUGAAGAUUUGGUUUCAGAACAAGCGCUCCAAAUUCAAGAAGCUGAUGAAGCAAGGAGGGGCCGCCCUGGAGAGCAGCGCCUUGACCAACGGCAGGGCUCUCUCGGGCAGCUCGCCACCGGUGCCCCCGGUGUGGAAUACCACCUCCGCCUCCGGUAAGGCCUCGUCGGGGACCCCGGGCACCUACAUCCCCAGCUACACGUCGUGGUAUCCUUCGGCCCACCAAGAAGCUAUGCAGCAGCCGCAGCUGAUGUGAUUAUAAACCCGUUUUCCCCUACCGCAAGCACUAUCGGUCCCGAAAAUAAUUAAAAUAAUUACGGAAAAAAAAAAAAGAAAUUAAGUAAAAUAAAAGGAAAGGGGGAAAAAAAGAGAGGAAAAAAAAGAGGGGGGGGAAGAGAGAGAGAGGAAAAAACACAAAAGAAACCCAAGCAAACAAACAAACAGGAGGUCUCUUGCCCAUCCAGCCAUUAGGACGCUGCACUGUAGCUCGGUGCAGAGCACAGAUGUGAUGCGGGCCGGUUCCCACCGCUGACAGCUGACGGAGCGGCCCCGAGCACUGCACAACAGCCUGGGAGCAGAGCGAGCGCCGGCCGCGGCUUUGUGGGACAAUCAGAAAAAGAUGUUUGGGGGGGGGAAAGCCCUCUCCUCUGUCCUGUCUGUCUGUCUGUGUCUGUUGAAAUGUAGGUCAUUUAUUUACUAUCCCGAUCUGACGGUCUCUUCAAUUGCAAGGGGGAAGGAAGCCGUACAAUUUCCAGAGCUGCUUUCCCUCGACAUUUUCUGUACCUUUCACUACCCAUCUGUGUAUUUUUCGUUGUUGUUAAAAGGGGAAGACAGGGGUUUUAUUUAUUGAUUUAAAUUACCACUAUGAGAGUGCUAGAAACAAACGGACAAUCCGGCUUGCUGAGCGCACUGCUCGGACACGGCACAGUUUACUUUAAGCAAAACCACACACGGUCCCCCGGCCCCGGCCCCCCCCCCCCCCGCCCCAAUAAAUCACCACAAGAGAAGGAUGCGAUUUUUAACUUUUACAAUAACUUUUAUACUUCGCUGGCGUGGAGAGGUUUGGUCCGAAUGAUUUGCAUUUCUCGCGUAUUUAACAAAGGAAAUAAAUGCACAUUGUUUGGUACUCUGAA